AGUCUUCUCUUGUUGAUCAAACAAACAUGGCGGCGCCCUAUUGACGGGUCUCAUGUGAAAGAGAAACAGCUACGCAGAUUCCAAUUGCACCCUUAAUCGUUUCUAAUUAAGUUGACCAGUUAUUCGUCACAACGCGAAAUGGCACUCAGAGUGUGCAGACGUUUUAUCAGGGACUCGGCUGUCCUCUCCAGAAGACUCGUCGUGUCUACUCGCCAGGAACCUGCGCAAUUGCUUCUCGCCACAGGAAAUUCCUCAUGUAGCUGUGGAAGGAUCAACUCGCUGACCUUCAAUCCAGCCUGUUUUAUCACAACAGAUGCAUUUGUGAGCAGUUUGCUGAAAGGCAACACCGCCGAGGCAGACAACAGUUGUUUUCGCCUUCCCUCCUCUGUACCUUCAAACAGUGGUGAACAAAUGUCAUUAUUAAUGAAACAUCCCGAUCAGCCUGAAGACUCAAAAGUUUUGAAAGUGGCAAUAAUUGGUGCUCCGAAUGCUGGGAAGUCGACUUUGUCCAAUCAGAUUCUUGGCAGAAAGGUGUUUGCUGUCUCCAAGAAAGUACACACAACACGAAAACGAGCCCUGGGAGUCCUAACAGAGGGUGAUACGCAGAUUAUUCUACUGGACACACCGGGUCUCACUACGCCAUCCAAAGUCAAAAGACACCAGCUUGAGAAGUCUUUGCUUUUGGAUCCUUGGCGCACGGUGACAGAGGCCGACCUAAUGGUGGUCAUGGUUGAUGUGUCGGACCGAUGGAUGAGCAGACAGCUGGACUUUGAAGUACUCAAAUGCCUGGCACGCCACCCAAACAUCCCAGCGAUACUUGUCCUCAAUAAGGUGGACCAGGUGAAGAUGAAGGACAAGCUGCUGGACGUCACAGCCGAGCUGACGUGCGGCGUCGUGAAUGGCCGUAAAUUGCGCAUUCGACCCGUGAUCAAGCCCCCUUGGGCUGAGAAGAGGCCAGAAAGGGAUUUGGAAGAGCCGGAAGACCAGGAUGCCACUGAUGGAGACGAGUCUGUGCUGACUAAGGAACAGCUGAGGACGCUCAUGAGCCAGAAGGGCUGGUCUCACUUUAAGGAUGUCUUUAUGCUCUCUUCUCUAGAUAGAGAGGACGUGGAGACACUCAAGGACUACCUAAUGAUCACAGCCAAGUCUGGAGCCUGGCAGUACCACAGCGAGGUAUUGACAGACCAACGUCCUGAGGAAAUGUGCAUCAACAUGAUCCGAGAGAAGCUUUUGGAGCACCUACCCCAGGAAGUGCCUUAUUCGAUCACACAGUUCAUUGACUUUUGGGACAUGGAUGAGAGUGGCGAGCUCAACAUCAUGGUGAAAAUGUACACCAAGAAAGAAACGCACAUGAGGAUGUUGAUCGGCACGUCAGGCCAGAUGAUAGCACGGGUCGCCCAGGAGACGAGCGAACAGCUCACGUCCAUCUUCCUGAGACAGGUCAAGCUGAAGCUGUCAGUUAAGAUGAAGAAGUGAUGAUGAUGAAGAAGAAGAAAAGGAAAUGACUUUUCAAUGAGUUGACAGGCUCCCUGAUGAGCUGGCUGUUUUAUUUAUUUUUUGGGACAUCUAAACUUGGAUGAUGUUAUUUUGGUUUAAGAUUUUUCCCUCUUCAUGAUUAUGAGCAAAAGGCAUAGCACACCCUUAACUAGCAUUGUAUUGCGCUUAUUAACUCAGAUAUUAUAUAACAUAUACAAUAUUAUGUUCCAUGUAAACACCAAAGCGACCAAAAGUCAGAAUAAACUCCUUCACAAAUAAACUGUCUUGAAAAUGAA